AUGGCAUCCACCUCAACUACAGCUCCUUUACGGAUACGCCUCCUCACUUUUGACGCCUACAACACCCUCUUCAAACCAAAGGGUAGCUUAUCUGCUCAAUACGCACAAGAAGCUGCUCGUUUCGGUAUCCAUGUGACUAAAAGUGCUGUCAGCCAAAACUUUGGUCAUGCCUACAAGAAGCAACUUGAUCGUGCACCCUUUUAUGGCCUUCAACUCGGUAUGACGCCGCGUGAAUGGUGGGAAGAGUUGGUCUAUACGACGUUCCUGGGAGCAGGUGCAAACAAGCAAGAUCUUGAUCCGAUCUUUGGUCGACUUUUUGACUCAUUGUAUACGCGGUUCAUGACUGCGGAAGGUUACGCCACUUUUCCGGAUGUUGACAAGACUUUGGCUGAGCUGAAACGUCGAGGAUUCCAAAUGGGUGUCAUAAGCAACUCGGACGAGCGAGUGUUAUCGGUUAUCAAGAGCUUAAACCUUGAUCAACAUUUCGACUUUGUAUUGCCAAGUUGCCUUGCUGGAUAUGAAAAACCUGCUCUCGAGAUCUUUGACAAGGCACUACAAAUUGCCAAUGUGUCUCCUCAGAAUGCAUUACAUGUGGGUGAUGAUGCCGAAAAGGAUUUCCAAGGAGCUCGUGAUGCUGGAUGGCAUUCCGUUUUACUUGAAAGAAGUAAACUCUCUUAUCAAGAUUCUGCACCCGCCUUGGUUCAAGAUGCCCCAUCCCCUGUUCAACUUCCAAACACCAUCAUGUCAUUGCAAGAGUUGUGUACUAUCUUGGGCUCUCCAUCUUCAUUGUCUUCAUCACAACAACAACCCAAAGCUGUAUCAUCCAACCAGUAG